UUUUUUCUGCAUUUCAGAACUUCGUUACAAUCGUGUUUUGGAUUUUUGUGUGUGUGUGCAUGUAAUCGUUUUCUUGAAUGCAAAUGGCCACCUUCACUAAUGCUGCAUGAAACUUGGGUUGCCGUAUUCCAUUUUCUGUUCGUUUUCGCAUCACUGGACUUGCAGGCAUUUGUAUUGGGUCAGAUUGUUACCGUCCUUAUUGCACUUAUGUUUGAAACGUGAUAUGCCAUUUUAUUAUUUCACUGACGUCAUAGCGCACACGUUUUGUAAAGGAGAGGCAGCGUUUUUUUGCGUUACAGACGCCAAUGGCUUCUAACACCAAAAAAGCCCUGUAACGCUAAACUGAGUUUCUGUGUUAAUGUUAAUCGGCGAUGGGACUAAUUCUGUCUUCAUAAUCUUAACAAUACCAGAUACUGCAGUGGGACCCACCUUCAUCCAUUUCCUAAGAGAGCAGUCUGAAAUCAUCUCCAGAAGAGGAAAACUGCAAUCGCAGCAUUCAUUCUCCUUUUACAUUCUCACUUGACAUGUCACCCAGUCUCUUCGAUAAAGCUCAAUAGUCUUUGUUCUAAGCUUUUACCUUUUUAACUGAGUUUUGUAAUCCAAAUUUGUAUCUUUUGUAAUGUCCCGGGAUAGCUCACAAGAUCUCACUCCAAAAGGCAUUGCAGCAGGAUACGGGCUCCUUACUGCUGCACAGGCUUUAAAUUCCUCUGUUGGGCCAGGAAAAGCAAGCCAAAGUGGAGCCAGGAUAGAACACUUUGACAUUGGCGCCAGUUCUGGCUUAAGCAUGCAAGGCUCUCACAGUCAGUAUCGUGCCUCUACUGGUUCUUCCCAUGGCAUGGCUGCCUCUUUUGAUGAUCGAAGUAAAGGCCAGGAUGCUUAUGCCUCACAGGGUCGCAGUCCCUUAGACAAAGCCAGGAGCCUUUUUGCCAGUCUUGGUCUCUCUGCUGAAGAAUUUGAUGUGCUAUCAAACAUUCCUGAGGAAAAACUCAAUGUGGAGACGCUGCCUCGUCUUAUCAUGCAGCUGAAAUCACAGAGAGCUGAAGAAAGAUCUCUCACCAGUCGGCCUAGAGACAAUCUCUCUCCCUCACGGGAACAACCAUAUAAACCCGUCAGGGAUGACUGGGAUGAGGCUGUGUGUAGUAGGCCAGAUAGUAAAAAAGAAUCUAAUGUCGUUCCUCACGUAUUUAACUAUAAUUACGGGCAGCAGAGAGAGGGUCCCUAUAGAAGUUAUGAGUGGCUAGACUAUGAGGAGAGAAUGGGAGGCAGUGACCGGUAUCCUGAACCGUCCCGUGGUUACUGUGAGUCAGAAUAUGAUUGGAGGGGCCCCGCUCCUGUGCCUAAAAGAUCAUUUAUGGAGAGGAGGACAGGGUCCCCGUCUCUCAGCAAGAUUGAGGAUUACCAUGGAAUUCUGCCCAAUACCUUUCCACAUCUGUGCACCCUUUGUGACUUUGAUGUGCAUUCUAUCAAGCACUGGAUUCAGCAUAAUGAUGGAGAGCGCCACACUGAGAAUCGACAGAUACUUCUGGACCUCUAUCCAGAAUGGAUCCCGAAGAUUGCGCCAAACAGAAUUAGGCAAACUCCUUUGGGAUUGGGGAAUUCAAAUCCAGCAGCUGGGAUACUGGGACCAGUCCCAUUGGUUUCUCUUCCCAUUGGGCUUCCAAAGAGAGGGAUCAGCUCUGCUUGGAGCAUGGGAGGAGGAAUUUCAAAGCAAGGCCAGAAAGUUGAUCCCAUGAAAACAAGGAUUGUUGACAGCAAAGUGGUGGUAAUACAAUUUGCCAAAGGGAAAUGUUACCAAAAGGAUUUGGUUAAGCUGGCUGAACCUUUUGGCACUAUAAAUAACCACCUGGUAUUGCUGAAAAAGGCCUUCCUGGAAAUGCGUACGCACGAAGAAGCAGCUGCUAUGGUGAAAUACUACCAGCGCACACAAGCUGUCAUCCGGGGCCAAGCGCUCCAGGUGUAUUUGUCUACUGCAAUUAAGACUAUUCAGAAUAAUGGACCGACACAUUCUCAAGCACAGAGCCAGCCCCGAACACCAACACAGGCCACUGGCUCUGGAUAUGCCGUGAUCUAUUUUGCUAACCUGCCUGUUGCAAAAGACUUGGAGUCAGAGUUGUUGGAAUUAGCUAAGCGCUUUGGUGCAGUGAAGAACUCUCUAGUUUUAACAAAACAGGCCUUUGUUGAAAUGGUGAACCCUGCAGAUGCAGAGAUGAUGGUGAAGUACUACACAGUAAACCAACUCAAGAUUAAGGGCUACAAAGUCAGACUUAACAUCUGCAGGAAGUACAGGAGGCUGACAAAGAACACUCCAAAGGGGAAAAGUAGCAGCAAGAAGGAGGUGGAAAAGAAAUUAACUAGUUUGAAAUCCAAGACUCUUUCAUCCAGUGUGGCAUGUGAGCUGGAUGUGGUAAAGAAGGAGAGCAGUGCAGCAGAGGUGGAGGAAGGGGAGACGAUGAACCUUGGGGAUGAAGAAGAGCCCCAUCAGUCACUCAAGGGUUUAGAGACCCCAAAAGAAGAAUGUGUGCAAAAAUCUCUGGAAAAUCCAGAAACCCAAGGGGAGGAACCAGCAGAGAAAAGCACAGGUAGCUCAGAAAUUCAAGAAAAAGGAUCAGAUGUUAAAUCCCUAGAAAGAGGGGACACAGAAAAUAAAUCCCUAGAAAGAGGGGACACAGAAAAUAAAUUCCUAGAAAGGGAGGAAGCCAAGUGUGAGGAACCAGCAGAGAAGUCCUUGAAAAGUUCAGACAGCCAAAAUGAUGAGCCAGUGGAGAAAUCCUUGGAUGAACUGGAGCCAGCAGAGACCAGUUUCUGUAAAGAGCAAGAGUUUCUCGAGCCAGAUUUCCCUGAUAGCAUGGAGGAUUUUGUAACUUUAGAUGAAGUGGGAGAUGAGGAAGAAGAAAUGUUAGCACGGGAAUCGGAGUCAGGUGCAACAUCUUCCAAUGGUCAACAGAGGCGUAAACAGGGUGGAAAGGUGGUUACUGUUUCUGCCUUUAGGAGAGGUCACAAUUUCGAGAAGGAGAUUCUACGGCUGGCUGAACCGUUUGGUAAAGUGGUGAACCAGCUGAUAUUAAACCAAAGGAACGAGGCAUUUUUGGAGCUGUCAACCAGUGAAGAAGCCAAUGCUAUGGCUGAAUUCUACACAACCAAUACAGGUGUGGUGUGUGGCGUUGAUGUGAAAAUCCGUCUGUCUCCAACAUAUAAAACAAUUAAGACUAAGACAUCUGAAAAAGGACGAGUUGUCUCCUUGUGCAACCUGCCUUCCAGGCACUCGGAUGAGGCUCUUUUAAAGCUUGCAGAGCCUUUUGGGAAAGUGAAGUGUUACAACAUACAACGGGUCCGCAAUGAGGCUUUUAUAGAAAUGGAAAGCCCUAAUGAAGCAGAGGAAAUGUCCCGGCAGUACAUGAAAAAUCCCCCCUUGUUUCAUGGUAAAAGGUUGCAAGUUCGUCUGUCCUGGAAGUACAAGAAAGUCACUCAAGGAAAGAGACCACCUGUCCCUGAAGAGUCUCCUAAGAGACCCAAGAGGGAACGAGCAGAGCGGAGUUUGAGUGAGGAUGAAACCUGUAGCAGUUCUAAUACCAAAGCCAAAGAGCAGGAGGAGGGGCCACCACAGAAAAGAGUCUGUGAGGAACAGCAGAAAGAAAUCAAGCAAGAGGUUUCAGAUCUUAGUAACAGCGCUGUCUCUGAAGCUAAAGAAAUUCCAGACCCUGUAGAGACCCGUGAUACUCUGGAGAGCUCGGAGGAGCCAGCAGAGAAAGUCGUACCACCAACAAAAGAGGAUACAGAAGCAAAGCACAGUCUAGAUGAAAGAGAGGCUGUAGAUACACCAGCAGAAACCAAUAAGGAUGCAUGCACAGAAGAGUCCAUGCCAAAGACAGCUGAAACUGAGCCCAUGGAGACAGAGAUUGUUCAUAAAGGAGGUGCAUGUGACUCUGCGAACGAACAGCACGCUGGUACUGAUGAGAAGACUGUGCACAGCAUCCAGCCUGAGCCCUCACCCAGCACCCUGGGACCGUACCAGCUUAAUAAUCCUGUCGGUGUGGAUUAUGUUAUCCCCAAGGUUGGUUACUAUUGCAAACUCUGCAGUCUGUUCUACACUAGUGAAUCUACAGCAAAGAACACUCACUGCAGCAGCCUGGCCCAUUACCAGAAACUGAAGAACGUGUUGGAUAAAGAGAAAACGAAGACAGGCAUGUGAAGUCAAAUUGGAAGUUUCCUGCUGUUGUGUUCAUUUAAUCUUUGUUUCAUCCUUCUUCGUAAAAGAGAAACAUUUAAUGAAAGUAUGACGUUAUUCAGUAGAUAGCUUUGACUCUAUACGUUUCUUUGUUUUAAAAUGUUUUGUGUUUUGAGUUAAUGUACAUUCCAACAGACACAACGUUAAUGGAUAGUCUGUUUUGAGAUUUUAAUGAGUUGUUGAAGCCAUGGCUGCUUUUUUUAGUUUUAGAUUAUGUAUGCAGUAGCUGGUUAUUGAAUGACACAUUUUUGAGUCCUGAAGCAAUAAAAUCUGAGUCUGUAUUUUUAAAAUGUA